GGGGUGUCGUGCACACGCGGCGGUGGUGGGACUCCACCGCGUGGGACAAAGGGAGAGAGGCCGUCGACGGGGAGCUUCCUGCGAGCCGCGGAGACGUCAGAAUGCAAUCGUGCGACACGUGCGACACGAGUCUACCCGUAGCCAACACUCGCUGUCCGUCGCCUAGCUCCUCAUGCUAGUCUCGUCUUCCGAAUUGCUCGGGGCACAGCAUGAAGGAGAUGCUCGGAGGGUGCUGCGUGUGUUCUGACGAGAGGGGCUGGACAGAGAAUCCGCUGGUGUAUUGCGAUGGACAGGGAUGUACCGUUGCUGUGCACCAAGCAUGCUAUGGCAUUGUUACUGUACCAACGGGACCAUGGUAUUGCAGAAAAUGCGAGUCACAGGAGCGCAGUGCUCGAGUGCGCUGUGAGUUGUGUCCGAGUCGGGAUGGAGCCCUUAAGAGGACAAAUCAGGCCACUUGGGCGCACGUCGUGUGUGCUCUCUAUAUUCCGGAAGUUCGAUUCGGUAACGUGACUACGAUGGAACCAAUUAUACUGGAGCUGAUUCCUCAGGAGAGAUUUAGCAAGACAUGUUACAUCUGCGAGGAACAAGGAAGAGGUAGCAGAGCAAACAUAGGAGCUUGCAUGCAGUGUAAUAAAACGGGCUGCAGGCAACAAUUUCACGUCACCUGCGCACAGGCUCUAGGCUUGCUCUGCGAGGAAGCUGGCAACUAUCUCGACAAUGUUAAAUAUUGCGGCUACUGCCAGCAUCACUAUUCGAAAUUGAAAAAGGGCGGUAACGUGAAGACGAUACCGCCGUAUAAACCGAUACCCGCCGACAAUGGUUCAUCGGACUCGUCGCCGGAGAAAGAGGCGGAGACGCCAAUAAAAUCGACGAGCGGCAAACGGAAGAGCUCGAGCUCCAAGUCUAGCGCGAAUGCGAAGGGUAAAUCCAAUGCUAGUCCCAGUUUAGAGAUAAACGGAGUUGCGGACGACAAGAGCGGUGGCAGCGGUCGCAAUACGCCCAAAGACAAUUCUUCCACGAGUUCCAGCAGCAAAUUCACGACUUCUAACUUCGUCGAGACAGUUGUCACACAGUCGGAGAGCGUGUUCGGGCAUGACAGCGGCGGAGGUAGCGGCACGGUUACCACUGUCACCACGGUGACGACCGCUUCCGCGAUGAAGACGAACGCCGGCAACUCGAACACAGCGCACAAGAACGUUGGCGGUCAGGGAAAGUCCAACUCGACGUCCAACAAGACGUCGAGUCACACCAGCAAGAAGAGGAAGACCGGAGCGCGCACGCCGACCGUGAUAGCAAGCGAAAACUCGAAUCAGUCGGUCAGCUCGGAGGCCAGCGGAUCGGUCAUUUCCAUAGUGCAGCAGACUGUUCCGAGCAACAACGUGCAACCAACAAUCACCGAGGUCACUAGCUUGAGCGUGACGAUAGAACCGGAAAAAUCGAAGAAGACGAAAGUGGAGAGCCCGAUUCAGUCGGCGUCGAGCACGCCGGUAGCCACGGAGGCAACCACCACCCCUGUGGUGAUGCCGGUGACCCAGUCCUCGGUCGUCACCCAGUCGCCGACGACUACGUCGAACAGCAUUGUCGUGUCCGUGCCGCUGAUCGCUACCUCUCUCGCCGGCGCGGUGACGAGCGAGACGACGAUAUAUCAGCAAGUUCAGCAAGUUCAGCAGAACAUAAUCACCACGGCGGCCAAUACGGAGCCGCGGUCGAGUACGAUGCCGAGCACUGAGAGAUUCAUCGCGGAGAGUGCACCGAUAAAACGAUCUCGUUCCCAGUCGUUGGACAAGCAGGAGAAGCCCCGUAAACCGAAGCGUGGCUCGUCCAAUAGCCAAUCAUCACUGCCGCAAUCGCAGACCGCGGUCCUGUCGGUCGUAACUUCGGUCGUAACCAGCACCCCAGUCGUGACGACGUCCAAGAGAGGCGCGAGGAACAAUCAUCAGACCCCACCGCCCGCCGCCACGGUCGCCCCGGUGUCGUCGAUUAUUCAGGGCCCGGCGUCGGCCACCGUCGGCCACUUCAGCAGCAUCAACAGCACGGGCACGCUGAACAUCAUGGGGCCGACCGUCAAGGAGUCGCCGCCUAGCAGCCCUGGAUCGGAGAGUAUGAGCAGCAGCACAGGCAAACGUAAGAGGAAAGCUGCCGCAUCCACGCCCAUUCCGUCUGCGUCGACCACACCGACUGCUCUCGCCAGCGCCCCGAUAAAGGAGGAGAACAACGUGAAGCUAUUUCAAAAUGGAGUCAGUGCACCGCACAUGCUGGGAAAUCAGUUGAAUCCCACUUCGACGAUGGCACAAAAGAUGUCGGACACGCUCUCGCAGGAGCUCGAGGCUCAUUCCAUUUUUACAGAGGCGAGUAACUCGAAUACAAACUUGAUCGGACCACAGCUGCACAAUCGAGUAAUAGCAUCUCAGAUACGAUCUAGCCAAACGGUCGUACCGCCCACUUCGUUCACUUCAGUUUUCUCAAGCAGCGCGAUUGGCACGGGUUUUAAUACUGCGGCUAACACCAGUGGAACUUUAGGCAGUGGAACAGUUCCGCAGACGCUCGAUCAGCUGCUGGAGAGACAAUGGGAGCAGGGAAGUCAAUUCCUAAUGGAGCAAGCCCAGCACUUUGACAUUGCAUCCCUGCUUUCCUGCCUACAUCAAUUGAGAGCUGAGAACCUUAGGCUAGAAGAACAUGUAAAUAAUCUCCUGCAAAGGAGAGACCAUUUAUUGGCUGUGAAUGCUAGACUCGCUAUUCCGUUGACAGGUCAACCUAGUUCACACCCAGUGAAUAAUAUACAUCCAACGGUGAAUCCGUCUCAUCCUAGUGUCUCGCACUCGGAAGUACCACCCGGCGCCCCAGCACCGGUGUCUAGAGUGAGUCGCGAACCGCGAGUGAACAACACGUACUUGCCGCACUCCAGUUCCGGCGGUCAUCCGACGACAUUGGAGAAUGGUCUGCCGCCGGACCCUUCGCCGCCUGCGGCCGCUUCUCUCGCUCAGUAUCACCGAGGAUCACUGGUUGCGCCUCAACCGAGCCCGACAAUGAGGCACAGUCCGGCCGGAGCCGGAUAUCUUCAGGGUCAACCGAGCAACAUAGUAUCGCCAGCGCCGGCGAACACUUCUAGCGUAGUACGGAAUUCGUCUGUCACGCCAGAUCCAUUACGUGGAGUGCCGAGGUCGGCGUCGCAGCCGUCGAGUAGUUACAUGCCGUCGAUGUAUCAGCCCACCAUGUCCAGCCUCACCAGUAACCAGGUGGGCGGGGUUCAUAAUCUUCAUUCGCAUGGGCCUUCGCCGACUAGCCACGGGCCGCCGGGCAAGCCCAGCUGAAGGCAUCAUCAUUGAACAGCAAAUCCACAGAUGUACAAAUCUUAGACUGUAAGUUAAUCUAUCGCGUUAAAUAGCAAUAAUACAGUAGGUGUACAUUCUAACGACGGUAACUGCGUGUAUUUCUGGUGGUGCGAUAAAAGGAUUACGCGAAAUUUCGGUAAUUUCCAGUAAUUAAAGGAAAGAUAAAAAAAGGGCAAACAAAAUUUGCAUAAUCGGUAAUCGAGAGAAGAAAAAAUUGGAUUGAUCACCGGUUACAUUGAUUUCGACAAGCUUUGUCAUGUAUGCCAACAAUUCCUGAUUAUACAUAAACGUUUUGUAAGAAACGCAAUUUAAAAGCCGACGUGCUUUACUUGUGCAGCUUUCCAAUAUUUCUUUAGCGUACCACUGUUGAGAUGUACCGCAGCGUGUGUACUAUAUGACAAUGAUGAUAUCGAGUGCAACCUAUUUCAAAGCUAAUUUAAUGUAUAUUCUAAUCUUAUAUACACACGUAAAAAGGGGGGGGGGGUUGAGAAUACCCAACAUGUACAAGACGAGCACUGCCUUUCGCCAACAAGAGCUGUGAAGUAGGUUGAUCGCAAUCGAACAUUUUCUAGCGAACGCAUGAUCGUUUCGUUUAACUUCAUCUCUGCCGUCCCUUCAUCCCAUUCCCCCUCUUCACUUAACUUUCCUAUUCAAACCUGUAGAUUUUAUCGAUACUUGGCCGUCAUAAGUUCUCGAGGAAUGUGAAUAAAAGGAGAUUUUGUGCCAUCGUUUGAUCUACUAUAAAAUUACGAGACAAAUAAUAUUCCGAUCUACCAAUUAUGUUGACAAUAUUUAUAUUACUUUAUUGCAUAUUAACAUUGGUGGCAAUGACUCCGUGGUCGAUAAUAUUAUUUGUACCUCAACUAUUACAGAAAAUAGACUUAUAAUUGCACGUAUAGAAUAAUUUAUAUAUUGAAGUUUGAUAUUUUACAAUCAGUGAAAAAUUAAUUUUUACUGAUUUAAACAAUUGAUUUAUAUAAUUUCUAUUCGUCAAUUUACAAAGUCCAUUUUUCUUAGUACACAUGAUAUACACAAUUGGAUUAUUUAUGUUUUCUUAGUACAUGCGAUUAGGUCAUUCGUGUUGACUGCAAUUAGUUAUAACAUUUAUACAUAAUUCUUUUAAACACACAACUUUAUAAAUACUUUUUAAAGAUAUUAUAAAGUACAUGUUAAAGAAUCAGAACUUUUUGGAUAUUUGUAAAAGUGAUAAAAAUUAAUCGAGACGUCAUCAUAUGUAGUAAAGGAAGAUCAUUGUGUGUAAUAAGAAUUAAUUAUUUAAUUUAAUUUAUUUAACUAAUUAUAUUAUUCAAUAUAUUGAACAAAUUAAAUUAAAUAAUUAAAUUAAAACUAUUUAUAAAUUUAUAUAUGAAACAGAAUCUUCCACGAGAAUGAUUGUGACGUUGUAAAUUAUAAUAUGUUUUAAAUGAAAUUGUAGCUGUAAUUAUUUGAGGAGGCACAAUGAGAAAUUACAAACAAGACCGAACCACGGCACAGAUCUUCAUAAUGCAAAUAUUUAAAAACUUGUGAAUACUUGUGCGAUACAUAUUAUAUAUGUACAUGUGUAUGUAUUGAGAUCGCCACACGCGCGAGUAUAAUGUCCUGUAAGAUAUCGGGAUACGCACGAAUCAUAUAAAAGUCGGAGAUACAUUGCUUAAGGACGCUGUAAUAUGCGUGUAUGUCGAAAUUGAAGUUAGUUCAUUUCGCUGCGUUUUCCGUGAGGGUAACCUUCAAUUUUUCUAUUUGCACCAUCAUUGUUGUAUGAUUUCCGAGAGCGUGUGCGCGACGCUGUAUGCAAAUCGCAAAAUCAAAAAGUGCUAGACAGUAGAACAUUUUUAGGAGAUAAGACUUGGUAGGGAAAAAAAAGCGUAAGGUAUUCCGCUCAAAGGCUACGGUAUAUAUGAUAAAAUGUAUGUAGCUCGUUUGUAAGUCGGCGAAGAAAUUUGCAUGUGAUACUGCAAGCAAAUCACAGAAUGACAUGCAAUCUAAAACGACAGUUGUGAAGGGAGGGGGAAGAAAAGAGAAUCGACAAGUGUCCGUUGCGAUCGGCCUGAAUGCAUAAUUCACGGAUAACGUCUCGUCGUUGUCGUGUCGUGUUGAAAUUGCGGAAAAACGGAGGAAAGGAUGGGCAAUAAUGUCUGUCCGACAUUAGACGUCGAAAAGGUGAAUUGAGGGGAGGUACACUCGCAGGAUAAUAACGUCCCGUGCUGUCGCUUUAUUUUUGCACCGUGGUUACGCGCAUAAUACGAGAUUUCUCAGCCUCGCAGAAACUAGUUAAACGAAUGAACUAUAUAAAUAUAAAUGAUAUAUGCGUACGUAUGUUCGAAUUUGUCGUACAAAACACUGAAAUUUUCCCGAGACCACCUGCCAGCGAUUACGAUGUGUACUUGUUUGUCGAGCGGCGCAGAAAGAGCUUGGAGAGAGUUUUUACGAAGAGGAUCGACUGAUUACAUUUUUACCGCAUUGUGUUCUUUGUCGUCCGCGACGAUGUGUGUUCGCUAAAUAUCUAUGUGUAUCAAUUUUCCCUUCCGCAUUUUUAUUUUACAAGACCCUAGGGUGUAAUGCGUUUUACGUAAAAGUAUUAGCUCGCAUCGACUCGAACGACACGUUAGAGGUGGUCGAGGGACAGAUAGGAUAAAGUAAGGGAAUCGAUUGUAUUGCCGACUAAAAUUUGUAAGUCCGAUUAGCAAUUAGAGAUGGGAUUUUUAAGCGGAAAAAGAAGAACUCUAAUUAGGGAUCUAGGUUUAUAUAAAUUGUACGAUAAAAGUAAUAUUGUAUAUUCGACGAGAGCGAGGUGCGAGGAGGGGUAUAGACAUGAAAACACCAAACCUACAGAAUA